GCGCGGCGGCGGUGGCGAUAGCGGUAGCGGCGGCAGCAGCAGCAGCGGCGGCGACGACAGAAGAGCGCGGGCCGGGACGGCCCCUCCCUCCCCACUGGCACCACCGCGCCCCGUCCGUCCCGCCCGCCUCCCCCAUGGCCGCGGCUCCCUGGGAAGCACCUCGCACCGCCGCCCUGCCGAUGCCGGAGCCGCGUUGCCGGGCGGCGGCCGCCUCCCCGCGGCGCCGCUAGCGCCCCGCGUCCCGCUCACCUUCGUCUCCCGGUAGCGCACCACGAGGAAGGGCGCUCCCGCGGCACCACCCCAGCGGCGCUGGGCCGGUUCUCCGUGGCUGGACGGCUCGUCCGUGGCACCCCUCCUCCCUCUCCUCCUCGGCGGCGCUUGGGACGGCGCCGGCGGCAGCUCGGCGUGACGCCCCGGCGCGGAUGCGGCAGCCCCCCGGCGAGUGCGAGAUGGCGCUCAGCGGCACGCUCCUCCCCUCCAUCGCCACCUUCGCGGCGGGCGCCGCGGGCCGUGAGAAAGCGGCGCGGCCCGCGGGCCCCGGCAACCGGUGGCGGGAGGAGCUGUCGCAGCUGAAGCGGCCGCCGCCGGCGCUGGCGGCGCGGCCCGUGGAGGCGCCGCCGUCGGAGCUGGAGGCCCCCGCCGCCCUGGGGCCCCGCCGCGACGCUGAGGAGUUCAACGACCUGCUGGACUUCGACUUCAUCCUCUCCAAUUCCCUCAUGCACCAGGAGCCCGCCGCCGCCGCCGCCGUGGUGGUGUCCCCCGCCGCCGCCCCGGCCCCCACCGCCAGCCCCUGCCCCGCCGGGCCUUUCGCCUACCCGCUGCCCCGGCCCGAGCCCGCCGGACUCCUCUACGGCGGCGGCGGCGGCAGCCGCGACGGGGCCCCCGCCGCCCCCUUCAACCUGGCUGACAUCACCGACGUGUCCCCCUCGGGAGGCUUCGUGGCCGAGCUCAUGCGGCCCGACUUGGAUCCGGUGUACCUGCCAGCGCCAGCGGCGCUGCCGCCCCUGGGCAGCCUGCAGGGGAAGUUCGUGGUGAAGGCCGUGGGCGAGUACAGCCACCCCGGGCUCAGCCCCAAGAGCGGCCCCCCGACCGCCGCUCCGCCGCCUGGCACCGAGGGCCCUGGGGCCCCCUACAGCCCCCUACCGCGGAUGUGCCCCAAAAUCAAGCAGGAGGCCGCCCCGCCAUGCACCCUGGCCCCGCCGCCACCGCACGGGAGCGGCUCCCGAGGAGCCCCCCAGCACGACUUUUCCCUGGGUCGCCCGCUGCCUGCCCGGAGUACGCCUUCGCUGGGGCCCGAGGAGAUGCUGAGUGGCAGAGACUGUCUCCCCGCUGCCCCGGGGCUGAGCCACCCGCCGUUGCCGCUGCCCCCGGUGUACCCACCGGCUCCCGGUUACCCUGCCUUCCUGCCAGAGCAGCUGCCCCCCAGCACGCUCCAGUACCAAGAGCUGAUGCCACCGGGGAGCUGCCUACCCGAGGAGACCAAGCCCAAGAGGGGACGCCGGUCGUGGCCUAGGAAAAGGACGGCUACACACACCUGUGACUAUGCGGGCUGCGGCAAAACCUACACCAAGAGCUCUCAUCUCAAGGCACAUCUGAGAACCCAUACAGGCGAGAAACCUUAUCACUGUGACUGGGAAGGCUGCGGAUGGAAGUUUGCCCGAUCUGAUGAACUUACUCGUCACUACAGAAAACACACAGGCCACCGCCCUUUCCAGUGCCAGCGGUGUGACAGAGCAUUUUCCAGGUCGGACCACCUCGCCUUACACAUGAAGAGGCACUUUUAAUUGGAAGCAGUGGAUCUUUCCCCGACUGCCAUAAGAGGUUCAGUAUUUACAGCACAAGGACUGUCAUCCGCAAGAUGGGGAGAACACAGUUUAAGCACUACAGAUAAUCAAGGUGAAGUCUUCUCAAGAGUGGAAAAGAGGGAUAAUUGCAUACAGACAUUGCAACUUUUUUUUAGAUACAUACAUUUAAAAGAAAAGAGAACCAAAAACAUUGGGGUCAAUGACUGGAUCUUCUAUCAUUCCAUUUGUAAAUCCAACUUGAAUUAUUUCCGGACUACAGAAUGCCAAGGAGUGACUGGAAGUCACAGAUAUCAGGGUUAAACAGACUGUGUAGUUCGGAGGGUGGGGAUAUUACACAGGGAAAUUACAUUCCCUUAAUUUUCUUUCAAUGCAAUAUUAGAUGUAAAUGUCAUCUUGUACUUUCCUUUUUUUUUUUCCUUCUAAAAGCCAUUACAAUGUUAAAAGAGGAGGAAAAAUUCAGG